AUGGAAGUCCAGGAGUCACAGGAUCGGAAGCCGAGCUCCGACUCCAUCUACCGCCUAUUCAUGCCGACCAUGUGCACCUGCAACACCGCCCUGAACCUUCUGUUCAAUUGCCUCACCACUUGCGACGAGGCCGAAGUCGAGGCUCGCCUCCUCGAGAAAGACGCCUUCGCCGCCACCAGUAUGAUUAUCGGAACGAUCUACUCCGAGGAGAUCAGCGAGCGCAUAGUGGAGGUCCUCAAGGCUAAGAAUACCGGCUCUUCUGCUGCUGGAAACCGCGCCCUGUUGUUGCCGGACGUUGGCAGGCUCAAGCCCAUCUUGGACCAUAUUAUCAAGGACCUCAGCAGUCCCUUCUCUCCCUUUAGAGACUUCGGCACCUUCCCCACCGACGAGGCCAAAGCUCUGGCUCCUCUCAUCGAGCAAGAGGCCUUCGUCGCCGCCAUGAUCAAGAUCCGUCAGAUCUACAUCCAUGAGGUCUGCAAGCGCAUGGUGGAGAUCAAACACAAGAACGCCGCUGCUUCUGCUGCUGGAAAUGUCGCGUCGGAGACCGCCGCCGGUGGUGUGCCUGAGGCAAUUGAAAGUCAGGUAAAAUCCAUGGAAUUAGCAGAAUCCACGGUCUUUCUUCACGGUCAUAAGAAGAAAGAUCGUGAAGCAACAACAAACAUUUCUCUCUCACAUCUGAAUCCUCCAACAUUUUCUCAUAGAAAUUCAAGCUCAACCAUGGAAGUCCAGGAUUCACAGGAUCGGAAGCCGAGCUCCGACUCUAUCAUCCACAGCCUAUUCUUGCCGACCAUGGUCUUCCGCAACACCGCCGUGGACCUUCUGUUCAAUUUCCUCACCACUUACGACGAGGCCGAAGUCGAGGCCGAAGUCAAGGCUCGCCUCUUCGAGGAAGACGCCUUCGCCGUCUCCAGAUCGUUUAUCGGAGCGAUCUACUCCGACGAGAUCAGCAAUCGCGUGCUGGAGUUCCUCAAGGCUAAGAACACCGACACUUCUGCUGCUGGAAAGGGCGCCAUGUUGUUGCCGGACGUUGGCGUGCGCAAGCCCUUCGUGGGCAUUAUUAUCAAGAACCUCAGCAGUCCCUCCUCUCCCUGGAGGCACUACGGCACCUUCUCCACCGACGAGGCCAAAGCCCUGGCUCCCUUCAUCGAGCGAGAGGCCUUCUUCGCCGCCAGGGAUAAGAUCCGUAAGAUCUACAUCCAAGAGGUCUGCCAGCGCAUGUUCGAGAUCAAACACAAGAACGCCGCUGCUUCUGCUGCUGGAAACGUCGCGUCGGAGACCGCCGCCGGUGGUGUGCCUGAGGCAAUUGAAAGUCAGCUAAAAUCCAUGGAUUACUAAAAUCCAUGGAAUUAGCAGAAUCCAUGGAUUACUAAAAUCUGAACACAAACCAA